AUGUCGUUUAACGUUGCAGGUUCCUCCACCAGUGUUCCUGUUAUUCCUUCAUCUGAUCUUCCGACGGUCGAGGAAGUGAGAGGAUUUAAUGCCGAAGCACUUAAUGGCUUUUUGAAAAGGAGAUUAAACGGCGUCGAUAAUCACAUAGACACCUUAACAGCUCAAGAAGUCGAUGGUGAAGCUUUUCUUGAAUUAACUCCUGAAGACCUUACAAAACUAGGAAUACUUCUUGGACCAGCUAAAAAAAUCUUGAAGUUGAUUAAUGGCAUUCAAGGAAAUCAACCCGUUGCUG